AUGAAACAACCUGCAAGAAAGAUGGCUAUUUAAAUCUUCACAACCUACACAGCUGGAGCAAUGAGAAUCCGCACCUGAUGAGAGAAGACAAAUCCCAAUAUCAAUUUAAGGUCAACUUAUGGACGGGCAUUUUAAAUGGAAAAGUGAUUGGGCCUUUUGAAUUACAAGGAAACUUAGAUGGGGACAGUUAUUUGAACUUUUUACAAAAUGAUUUGCAAGAAUUACUAGAAGACGUCCCCCUAAGCGACCUUCAAAAUAUGUGGUAUCAAAAUGAUGGUUGCCCAGCUCACUACGCUCGUCCUGUGAGACAAUACCUAGACCACGAGUAUCCGGGGCGUUGGAUCGGGCGACUUGGUCCUAUCCUAUGGCCACCCCGAUCACCCGACCUAAACCCCCUGGAUUUCUUUUAUUGGGGUUGUCUCAAAGACAGGAUCUACGCAAAACCGAUUACGACAUUGGACGUGCUUCGGCAAAAAAUCACUCAGGCUGCGGCACAUAUCAAUGCUAGAAGAUAUGCGCGAAAAAUAAAACGGUCGUUUUUAAGGCGAUGUCGUGCCUGUAUUAAUGCCGGUGGAAAACAAUUCGAACAUUUACUUUAAUGUUGUGUAAUUAAAAUAACAAACACAUUUUUGGAACAUAGUAAAAUUUAUUACUAACAACAAGAACAAUUAAGAAAUUUGGUUCUUGUUUACAAAUGGUACGCAUAUUUUUUUUUGUGACUAGUUAUCCUAGGGUAUUAUACUAUUUUGAAAUCUUGAUUAGUUGCGUCAACUUUGAAAAUAACUUGCCAUAGCGGUGUUCAUACUUUUUUUUGCAAGACCAUGAGUCAAAGUAGACUGAAAGUAAAAAUCUUUAAAAAUUUGAGGGAAAAAAAAUAUUUUGAUUUUUUUUUGUGUAAAAACUGCGGGCAUUGUGGUGUUUUUAAGAGUUGUGGUGAAUAGUAGUACUACUUAGGUUCCGAUACAAAAAAAAUCUUAAGCAUAUUUAAGAAAUUGUAGCUGCGGUAGUUCAAAAUAUCAUACAAGGUGUAAAUUUUCAAAGAAUUUUAAAAUUUAUUUUGUAACUAAAAAAAAAAUUUAGGUAUAUUUUUUUUAUUAUUUUUCCUUAAGUGCUCAUGAGCAGGUCAAUCUUUUGGCGCCCGCUUAUCGUUGAAUUUUGGGACACGUUGUAUAUUAUAUAGUAUUGUAAAACGCAUCAUCGAUCACACAAGGCAUGCCAAUCAGUCCGUCCGACUAAAUUACAAAGUUAUAAUUACACAAUAACCCACCACGCCACGUUAGGAACAGUUAGCGAGUCUUCACCCAAUGUCGCACGAUUCACGCCGAUCUAAAUACACCAAUUAAUAUCGUUGCAGCCGUUUACAAAUAACUGCGGAGUCAGAUCAUUGUAGGCCGAGAGCCGGUGGCGAGAUUUUGACGUGACAACGCCUUAUAAUUCGAUGGAGCCGGCUGCACACUCGAAAAAAGAUGACGUCAUGCGUCGUUCCCUCGCUCUACGGGUUGACAUGUUUUUUCACAAGAAACAAAGUAUAUUUUGGUCUAUGAAGAUUAUUAAACACUUGUCACGCAUAACUAUCGUCAGUAAACUAACUUUACAAACAACCAAUUUUUUAUCUAUCUAGGUAUAUUCAAUGGAAAAUAAUAGAGCAAGAAUAUACCCUACUUAUUAACGAAGAAUGUAAUAUAGACAAAAAUAAAUUAAAAUACGUUUGCUAAAAUUAACAAAUCUCAAAAUAUAUCUAAAUAAAGUUCAUUGUUUUUAUUCGUACGUAAUACGAGGUCUUAUGAGCACUAACAUCGCGUUUAAACUGACCAGUUAACAUCAUUCUUGCGACCCCCACACUGUGUGCUACAAAGUUGGUGCGUACAAAAUUGUAUUUAAAAGAUGGAGUAAGGAAAUUGUCAUCGAAGGAGAAGAAACAUUCUGUAAGUCGUCGAUCAACGCUGUUGAGCCAAUGGACAAUGAUUUUCAAAGUAAUUUUAUCAUAGUACAUCCAGAGACUACACGAUAGAUAGAUAGCUAAUUGUCUCAGCAGUAUGCCAAAAACUGGUGCCAACUCCUGAACUAUAUAACAUAUGAGUAACGACCAAGUUCAAAAACCGUCUCUAUUGCUAAGCCGAGACGUGAAGGGAGCUGAGAUUGGGAUGCUGUUAUCAAUCUCAGUAUAAAACCGCGGCGGAUUGAGCACAACUCAUCAUUUCACCAUCAACCUCCAUAAUACAUACAGCGAUACUUCAAACAACCAUGAAAUUUCUAAUCACUCUAACAGUUAUCUCAAUAGCCGCUGCAGCGCGGCUGGAUAAAUACCUACCACCGAAUAAAGGAGCCAAUGCCAUUAACACAGAGCUUCAAACACCUUUAGAACAGGCUUCCUCAGACUCUGGUCCGUACGUCAGUCAGCCCCAGAGUUACGCCGGUCAGUCCCAGAACUACGCAAGUCAAGGCCAGAACUACCCAAGUCAAGGCCAGAACUACGUGAGCCCAGGCCAAAGUUUCACCAGUCGCGCGGAUAACUACGCGAGUCAAGCUCAGAUCUCGAGAUACGAAAAUGAAAUAGAUGACAAAGGAUGGCAUUACGCCUACGAAACUAGUGAUGGUACUAAGGCCGAACAAGAUGGUCGAAUCCUCCCCGGUGUUCAACCAGAAGAAGGCUCGCUAGCAGUGUCGGGCUCUUUCUCGUAUGUGGGCGACGACGGGCAGACGUACACCGUCACCUACACCGCGGACGAGACCGGCUACCACCCCAGCGGUGACCACCUGCCCACUCCACCACCCAUUCCCGAUGAUAUCUUGAAGAGCUUGCAGCUGACUGCAGCUGCUAGUGAUGUUUCAGGUCUUUACGACAGCCAAAAGAGCAGCUACGACGCUGAUGCUGGCUAUUGAACCUUACACUUUACGAGGAUAUUCAUCACUCAUCAAUGACAUCCCACCAAAUCACGUGACACACCUACGUAGUUCAUCUAGAAGAGAAAUAUCAUCCGCAUAUACACUAACGGCCUUAUUCAUAAACAUGGAUUAAGAUUCAAGGAUCACUUUACAUCAAAGUAAACUGAAUUUACUUAGUAAAGGUGUAAAGGGUUCUUUGAAAAGGAUUAAGUCCAUGUUACUUUGGAGUAAAUUGAUGCUUAAAUUUAAUCCAUGUAUCUAUGAAACUAUCGCAACUGCUACUCUACAGCAAACUUCAACUAAAAAUUGCAGUUUCUAUUCAGUUGAGCAGUCAACAUUAAUAUAGAUCAGUUUGAAUCGAAUCAAUCGAAUGAAGAAAAAUAUUUACAAUACUUUUGAUCUAGUUACUAGGAAAUUAAAAAUAAAAUCUACAAGAUUUACAGUAAGGUAGGUACAUUACUCGUAUUUAUAAAAUGAUGUCUGCAAAUAAAUGAAAAUAAAAGUAGGUAUAUCCAUUAAUUAAUGUUGUACAUAUUAUAUUUUAAUACGCCAUUGACUGUACUUUUACAUUAUUUACAUACAAACAUCCUAUUUAUGUAACUCGUAGAGAGGCCAGUAAUUUAUACUUAUAGUAAAUUGUAUUAUUACUUUUUUAAUAAAAUUGUAAAUAUUUUA